UGUUAAUGCGAUGCAGCGCAAAAAGCACUUUGAUGCUUCAAAGACGUAUUAUUUAGUUUAUGUACACAAAACACAACACACGACAAAAAGGGACGCAUCUGAAACUCGAACCCAAGGAAUUCGCAUGUGUUAGCAGUAAAUAACCAGCUAAAGAACGGCCCCCAAGUUUGUGCAACAGCUUGGGUCGAGGAUCGAGUGGAUUGGCAGUUUCCAUAGUAUUGGUGAGUCCGGUCCGCGAUAAGGGAACGGAGCAGAGCAGUCGAGAUUACUGCGUAUUACGUUUCACUUACACAUUCAGAGAGAGCAACAGUUGCGCAACAACAACAACAAAUAGAAUGUCAGCGGCGCGAAAUGCUGCUGAGCCAGCGGAAUUGGCGGUCUUGCUCAACAACGAGCUGAGCGUCAGCCAGCCCAACGUCAACAGCAGAGGUAACGGCAAUGGCAACGGCAGAACCAACAUCGCCAUGUACACUCCGAGGAAAUUCGUUGGCCCAGCCGCAACCAGCAGCUUCAAAAUGUAUCCCAGCAGCUUCGAAAUGUAUCCCAGCAGCGCCAACAACAAAGACAAACAGUUCAAUGCCAUUUGCAUGAAGGCCCAAGCUGGCCAAAAACUGAUGAUCAUCAUGCGCGGGCCAUCGGGCAGCGGUAAGUCCACGCUGGCUGAAUCUGUAAUACGCCAAAGCGGUCUGCUGGAGCAAAACGACAUGCUGGACUUCGUCUAUAGCACAGAUGAUUACUUCAACAGGCGUGUCUAUAAGUUUGAUAGAACUCUGCUGACGACCGCCCAUAACUGGAACAAGGAGAGGGUACAAAAAAAAGCCUCUAUGGGCUGGAGUCCCAUCAUAGUCGACAACACCAACAUAACGGUGUGGGAAAUGCUGCCUUAUGUCAAGAUUGCCGUACAGUAUGGCUACCUGGUGGAGCUGCUGGAGCCUCAAACAGACUGGUCAAAGUCGGCCAGCAAGCUGGCACAAAAGAACAUACAUAAGGUGCCCCGGGAGAACAUUCAGCGCAUGCUGGAGCGCUACGAGAAGACAAGUGUGCCGGAACUAAUCAAGUUGCUGAAGGAAACCAAAUACACAGUAAAGUUGCCACAGCUACGACAACACCCGCCACUGCCGGCCGUGCCCACGAUAGUUACGCUGCCAGAGAACGACAAUCCUGAUAGUCUAUCCCCAAACGGUUUCAAGCUGAAUGUCAAUGCCUGCAGUUGGGUGCCCCACGAACAAGGUGCUCCCAAAUAUUGGUCGCAAUCGGGCGGUGAGCAGCCCCCAUCAGCCCCCAGACUAGAUCCAGUUGCUGUUGGGACUGGUUCGUACGAGAAUGCGCUUAUAGAUCUGCUGCGCGAUGACCCGGCCGAAAAGGCCCCACCGAAGGCUGGUUCCAAUGAACAAACCACUUUCGAGCGCCACUGUCUUAAUUGUCCCAACGAGCCCUCAAAUUUCGUUUUGCUGCGUCAAAUGUAUCCGAACAAGCGGCUGACAGGCCUCUGGGAUCUCUACGUGAAGUGCAAAACGAAUGUGGAUUGGGCCGUGGACAUACUAAUCAAAGAGGAUGAGCUGAAUGCCGGCUCGGAAUCGGACCUUGACGCGUCCAUGUUGCCAGAGGAGUCGGCACAAUUCCAAUGCGAUUGUGGCAGAGCUGAUAAAAAGGGGGAAGCUUCUCCACCCCCACGUUCACCAUCGCCAACGGUCUUGGGGGCCAAGUAUAUGCCCAAGCCCCAACGCCAGAGCCGUAACAAACGCUUCUCGGCACCGCCAAACAAGGAGCUGCAGUUGCAAGUUGAGAACUUCUUUGUACUAGGUGAUGAACAAUACUCGGAUCACACCCGAAGGAUACGCGACAUACGCAAUGGUAUACUCGAUCAGCCGAUGAUUGUGCAGCCCACAGAAGUCGUAGAAGCGGAGGAGGAGGAGGAUCCCGACGACAAUAUUCUGGAGGAAAUGGAUUUGGGGGAUACUCUGGUCCAGCAACUGCGCACUCUGUUCCAUACAGAUGGGGAGAUGAUGCCGCCGGAGCUGCCCGCCACCAAAGUGUUUGUGCCACGGCAAUUGCUUAAGCAAUUGUACAUGCUGUGGCUGGAGGGCGUCUAUAAUCAGCUGGAGGAGCAGCGCCAGAGAACGUUGCGCGACGAUGAACAAUUCGCCCGCCUACUGAAGCAUCCCGAAUAUGCCGAGUGCAGCGAGUCGCCCAGGAACGUGAACGAGUUGCUCGACAUGGAGCUGGCCUGGAGCAUUUACAACAGCGAGCAACAGGCCGCCAAGCAGGCGUCCGAGAUGGCCGCCCGUCAUCAGCCCAACGACAUUGCCACCCAUUUGACAAAAAUGAAGCUGUGCGAGAAGUUCCCGAAUAUACCCAACGAAACGGUGCUCGAGAUAUUCUCGGCCACCGGCAGCAACUAUGGCAAGACCGUGGAGGUGCUCGACAGUGAUGUCCAGAGUUCUCUCAACGAGGCGGAGCUUUAUGAUAAGGCGUUGCGCGAGAGCGAGAAGGUCGCACUGCAGGAGCAACAGCAACAGCAACAGCAGAAGUUACAGCAAACCGUCAAAGGCAGCGAGAAUAGUGCUGCAAGCCAAGGCCAGCGGUGUGUCUCGACAGCGUCGUCGAGCAGCCGCUCGCCGCAGUUGCACGAGGAGGCAAAGUGUGCCGCUCUGCGUGACUUUGAGGAGACCCGCAAUCUGGCCGCCCACCAUGCCCAGCUAAAGGCCGAAUGCUAUCUGAAGGCCAACCAGGCUGUGCAGAAGGGCAACGGCAAUGUGGCGCUGUACUAUUCGCAGAUAGCCAAUCUGCACAAGACAAAGAUCGAUGUGUUCAACCAUCGGGCUGCCACCUGCAUUAUGGAAGUGCACAAGCACACCCAGAACAAUCCGGAUCUGCUGGACCUACACUAUCUGCACACUGUGGAGGCCAUCAGCUGUCUGGAUCUCUUCCUCGAUCGCCACAUAACCAAGCUGCGCAAGAGUACGCGUGUGUACAAGCAUGUGUUCAUCAUUACAGGACGGGGACUGCACAGCGCCAAUGGAGUGUCCACCAUAAAGAACAAGGUCAAGUGCAGGUUGGGAGAAAGGCGUUUACGCUGGCAGGAGGUCAACCCGGGACUUUUGCGUGUGAAAGUGUUUUCUGCUUCGCGUCACUCGGAUAACUUUUGAUCAACGUCCAUCAACGGUACAGGACAGGUCGGAAGAGCAGCAGCAGCGUCAGCUAUCCGGGUUCUGUAAUUGCCCUUUGUAUUGAUUCUUACAAAAUUCAUAGUCAGCCCAUUCUG